GCCCAGUAACUUAAAAUUGUGCUGUGUAAAUGCACGUGUAAAAUAGGAAUGAUUUUUAUAGAAAAUCUACGAAUUAUGCAAUGUUAACUGCUAGUUUUAUUUCAGUUAUAAUGUUGUGUUAAUAAAAUGGUGUAUUUUUUAGAGUUAUUUUAGCUCCACGUAGUUAUUUAUAAUAGAAAUUAUUUAAAAUUUUACCAAAAUGAGUAUGUGCAAUACCUUGCUUAGCAGGAUUUUAAAAUUGAAUCGUAGUUUCUCACAUAAAAAUGUUAAGAAUACAUCUCUAAUACAAACGAGUAAUUUUUCCACUCGUGAGCUUUUAAAAGAAGCUUAUUGUCGCACAAAACUAAAAUGUAGAUCUAAAAAAUUACCUCAAGAUGUAAAUCCUCGAGGAGUAUUUGCCUGUAAUGAGUUGGACCUUUCGGAAGUUAAAGUGUAUGGAUUUGAUUAUGAUUACACUUUAGCACAUUAUAAGCCGUCUUUGGAACAUCUACUGUAUAAUCUCGGAAGAGAUAUGCUUUUAGAUAAAUAUAAGUAUCCUUCAGAAAUUUCAAAAUUGGAAUACAAACCCGAUUUUGCAGUUAGAGGACUACAUUAUGAUAUAGAGAAAGGUCUAUUGUUAAAAUUGGAUUCAUUUCUUCAAAUUCAAUUUGGUGCUGUAUACAGAGGUCUAACUCCUGUAGCACCAGAGGAAGUUCUUAAAAUAUACAGAAAUAGAAUAAUACCAAUAGCAUAUGUCGAGGGUGAUACAAGAGUUCACAAAGCAAACAGAUCGAAGAUGGUACACUUGGCGGAUUUGUUUUCAGUGCCAGAGAUGGGCCUAAUGUGCAAUGUUGCGGAAUAUUUUAUAAGAAAUCAAAUAGAUUAUCAUCCAGAAAUAUUGUUCUUGGAUGUAAAGAAUUCAGUUCAGAGUUGCCAUCCCAUAAUGCAUAAGAUUGUCGCUAAGAAUGUGGAGGAAUAUAUAAGACCCAAUUCUGAUUUGAGGAAGUACUUCCAGUUGCUGCAGGAAUGUGAUAAAAAGUUGUUUUUAGUCACAAACAGCCCGUAUCAUUUUGUUAAUGCAGGCAUGGAAAUGCUAGUGGGUUCAGACUGGCGGGAGUUCUUCGAUGUGGUAAUAGUGAACGCCAACAAACCGAAGUUCUUCACGGAGGUCUCACGGCCCAUACGAGUAUUCGAUAAAAAUGCCAACACGCAUAUAUGGGAGAAAGUGACAUCCUUAGAAAAGGGCAUCAUUUAUUACGAGGGUACGGUGAAGCAGUUGCAGGACCUGACCGGUUGGAGCGGACACCAGGUUCUGUACUUCGGCGACCAUCCCUAUAGCGACCUCGCAGACGUGACGCUGGAGCACGGCUGGCGGACCGGGGCCAUCAUCAACGAGCUGACGCAUGAGAUUAAUACUCUGAACACUCAGACGUUUAAAGAGAACGCUAACUGGCUUCAAAUGCUAACACAGCUUAUUGAAGACCACCAGGACUACAAGGAACCAGAGGCUUUAGCGGUGAUUGGUGAAUGGAUGGCAGAACGGGACUACUUGCGAAAUUCAACAAAGUCAGUUUUUAACCCUCAGUUUGGUAGCGUCUUCCGGACAUAUCACAAUCCAACAUAUUUCUCAAGACGAUUGUUCAGAUUUGCCGAUAUUUACACAUCCAAUAUAAGGAACUUAUUAAACUAUUCAUUAACUCACACCUUCUAUCCUAGACGAGGUGUGAUGCCGCACGAGUAUGGAUCUUAUUUCGUAUAGAAUAAGUAAAAUAUUACUAUUAUGAAAUGUUCAAUGUUAGAGUCGAUAAUGCCUCAAUUUUUAAAAAGUAUAUCUUUGGAUGAUUUUAUUUUAUAUUUUUUAAGAGAAUUUUAUUAUAUUCAAUUAAUUUCAUUCAACAUAUUAGAAGUAAUUUGUUAUUGAACUUUUCAUACAUUAAAGUUAAGCAAAGUUUUUAUAAUUAAAAUUACAACAAACAUUUCAUUCAUACUUUACAAUAUUAUUGUUUUGAAUAGAAAACGAAAUAUCAAAAUUCAUUAGGGACUUGAAUGAAUAAUCUUUACAUAUGAAAUGUUUUCAAAAGUCAAUUAAAUAUGUCUAGUGUAUUGAAAUGAAAACAUCGAAUAUCAGAUCGAAUUAAAAAUAAGAGAUGUUCAAAUUCUAUAUUAUUGUUAUGCAGACUCUACACUCGCGCCCAAGUAGCGUUGCUCUUUAAAUCUGCGUGUGAAACAAUACAAACAUGUUUACGAAAGCAUUAAUUAUCUCAAAAUGAAUGUGUUUACAAAAACUAGAAAGGGAUUGGAGAACGCUAAAGAACUUACUAAUACUCAUGCUCACUUCCUGUCGAUAAUAAACACAUAUAUAUAAAUAAAUAUAUAUAUAUCUUCAGUAUCUUACGCAAAUCUCAACUUAACUCUUCUUAUUGGAAGAAAUUUAUAAUAAUUAAAACAAAUAAUUCAUACUCAAGCCGGAAAUUGAAAUAUUUUUAACCGACUGCAGCUCAAAUAAGGAUGAUAAUCCAUCAUGUUUAGUACCAAGACAUGAUAUGUUAGAUAAGAUACGUUUGUAGAAAGAGUCAAAGUAUUAACGUCACCAUUGUGACGUCACUAGAAAUGUAAUUUUGAGGUAAAAUAUUAAAUAAUAGUAAUAUUUUAGAGUCUGUUAUAGCCAUAUUGUUUAUCCCUCUUUUUUAUAAUCGGAUUUAUAUUUAUCAUGUUAACUUGUUAAUUAUAUUUACAUAGUGAAUUUAUCUUUGUAGUUAAAUAUUUAUUAGUAAAUAAGGUCAACUGUUUCUUCGAUAUCAUAUGCUAUUGUAAGUAAUAACAGUUCUAAGAUUCCUCGAGGUAUUCAUCUUUUAUAGAGUCUAGUCAACUGUAUUUAUUACCCACAGAUUUAUUCUUGAAGAUUUUUUUCUAUACAUUUAGAAUCUAAUAUUGAAUGAACUUUUUGAUAUUUUGUUAGUUUAUUCUAUUUACGCAUAAUGUUACAACAUUUUAAGAAUAGUAUUUGUAUAGUAAGAUGUUUCUAUUGUAUAAGGCAUUUAAUGUAGAUAAGUGUUUUUUUAGAGUUAAGUAAGUCAUUUUAUUCUUGCCGCUGCAAAAACGCUAGUGUUUUUAUUAAAAAAAUAAUUUACAUAUAUUUUUUAGAUUCAAAUACAAUCUGUUUUUAUAAUAAAUCGUGUGUUCAAUUUACAUUAUACUUAACAGAAAUUGAGUGUAAGACGUCUCGUAAAAGUAUUUUAAUAUGCUGUCAAGUACUAUGUAUUACGAUUACUAAUAUUGUACCAAAAUUGCUUGACAAUAAAUAAUUUCAAGUUCAA